UUUCUCAUUUUAAAGACCUCUCACCCUCGCGUUCGGCUUCUGUGAUGGGUUCUACCAUCAAGAAACAUCCAAACUAUCUAACUCUCGAAAAUUGUGAGUUUUUGGAUGAGCUCACAUCCGAAGAAAUACGCACCAUUAAAAAAAAAUAUGCCCAUCUUAAUAAGAAUUCACCAAACCGUAAUAACGAUUGGAAAAGGGAAACCCAAGAUGUGCACCCUUGGGUUCAGGAGGUUUACAAAUCUUUGGCGGAAAUAUGGAACCUUGCCAUUAUCCAGGAUAAACAUAAUGGUGGUCCUAGUGGUAGCAUCUAUGCGGAUCAUUACCUCACAUACCCGUUGUAUAAGGAUUUAUACACUAAAACAGAAAUCGAUUGGAUAAGAUGCUACGCAUUUGAAGACAAAUUGAGAUUGUCGGAGUCCGCCCUAAACGAAGCAAUG